AUGGGUAAGAAAAUGGUCACACAUUGUGGAGGACUACCAUUAGCCGUUAAAGUGUUGGGAGGCUUGUUAGCUAAUAAAACCAUGGUUGAAGAGUGGAAAAGAGUAGAUGACAAUAUUCAAAGUCAGAUAGUUCGCAUAGAUGACAAAAGUCAAGAUUCUGUGUACCGAGUAUUGUCUAUGAGCUAUGAAGAUUUGCCAAUGCAGUUAAAGCAUUGCUUCCUCUACCUAGCUCAUUUUCCUGAAGAUGACAAGAUACAAGUGGACAGAUUAUAUUAUCUAUGGGCAGCAGAAGGCAUAAUAAAGUCAAGUGGCGAUGGAGAAACCACUUGGGAAAUUGGAGAAUACUACAUAGACGAGCUAGUACGGAGAAAUAUGAUUAUUGGAGUAAAAGAGGAUUUGAGUUGCAGAUGGGAGUAUUGUCAAAUGCAUGACAUGAUGAGAGAAGUAUGUUUAUAUAAAGCCAAAGAAGAGAACUUUCUUCAGUUUAUCGAAGUCCCUACUUCUUCCAUCUCCACCAUCAAUGCUCAUACUCCUACCAGAUAUCGCAGACUCGUAGUACACGGUGGUGGUAAUGCAUUUGAUAUGCUGGGAUCAACUUGUGGAAGCAGUCAGCUCAAGGACUCAGAAAUUUACAAUUACUUAGGGUCUUACAUCUGA